AUGUUGGAAUUAUUAUUUUGGAAAGAUCGUGCUAACUCUUCCUCAGCUUCUAUAGCUGCUGUCACUGUCGCAAUUGAUGGCAGCGCUCACUUUACAGCGAUUGGUGAUGCUAUUUCCUACGCCCAGAGCUCUGGAAUUCCCACUGUCACAGUUCUUGCUGGCACAUACACCGAAGCCAUCACUAUUUCAGCGACCCCAACAGUCACUGUCAUUGGUCAAAGCAAUACCCAAGAUGACUACUCCGAGAAUGAGGUGACCAUCACCAAUGCCGGAACUGUCUUGACCGUUGACAACAAUAUUCUACAAGUGAAUUUUAAGAAUAUCAACUUUAUCAAUACUGGGUCUGCGUAUGGUGCCAUGAUCUUGAAAGGAAACAAAUACGCCUUUUAUGACUGUCAGAUUAUAUCAACGGGGACCUUAGGCAUCACUGCUAGUGUUGGUCUUGGUGUCAUCGCAAACUCAUACAUCGAGGCUCUUGACAAAGUUAUCUACGGCGGAGCCAAUCUCUAUGUGUACAAUACUAAGAUCGUGCCAGUCGAUAAUUCUGCGAUUUUAACUUACAUGAAGGGCACUAAGUCGUCGUCGACAACACUAUACAACUCAACAGUUGUCCUGGACCAUGUCACAGUUGCUCAGAAAUCAGGAGCAUCCAAUAAGAAUGUCUUUUUGGCCGCUGCCAAUGGUGCAGGAACCGUGGUACUCUACCGGAACUCUGUCCUGGGAAGCCUGAUCGCUGCUACAGGAGCUCAUGUUGACACCACCAGUCAAGAUGGCGAGAAUUUUUUCGCCGAAUAUUCCAACACGGGUGCCGGAUGCUAUUCUAGCAAUUCUGCUACGCGGUCCCAAUAUGUCUCUCUUCUCGGCGCAUCUGAUUUGCCCCAAUAUAGUAUUGAUGCUGUAUUUGCAUCGGCCUACCCAAGCUAUAGUUCCUCGAAUACUGAUUGGAUUGAUGCUUCCGUUUUGUCAGCUAUUGAGAGUGCAGAUGUGGUCCAGACAUCAACAACCAGCACCAGCUCAUUGUCGAUCUCUGCUUCCACUACGACCGCAGCAACUGCCACGUCUACCUAUGUUGUGAACCAGGUUUCAGGUCCUUACAAAAAUGUUACCGCAGCUAUUGCAGCACUUCCCAGUGAUGGAGAAGAGUAUACCAUCUUCGUCAUGAGCGGCACAUACAACGAGCAAAUCUCAAUCACUCGUACCGGCAAGACCAUUCUCCGCGGUGAAACCAACUUUGAGAAUGACUAUACUGGGAAUACUGUGACGAUUGAGUACUCGAAUGGUGAACUGACGAGUGCCAACAAAGACGAAGAUACCCCCACUGUCAAUGCCAAGAAUACUGACGGAAAGGGACUGGCGAUCUAUAAUAUCGACUUCAAAAACACCUAUCCUCAGACGAGUAACACCGCGGCUCUUGCGGCGGACUUUUAUGGCUACGUUCAAUCAUACGGCUGCUCUUUUAUUGGCUAUCAAGAUACUCUCCUCGCAAACAAAGGAACUCAGGUCUUUUCAAACAGCUACAUUGAAGGUUCUGUUGAUUUCAUUUGGGGGUUCUCGACAGCGUACUUCCAUCAGUCAAUCAUUGCCUCUAAUACUGCCGGCGCUUGUAUCGCUGCUAUGAGCCGUGCGUCGGAUACAUCAGAAGGUGGUUACGUCUUCAACAAUUGUCUUGUGACCUACACGUCCGAUUAUGGAACCACUUUUGAGGAUACUUGGCUCGGCAGGCCCUACUCAUCGUACAGUCGUGUCAUUUAUAUGAACUCAUAUCUUGACAAACAUAUCGAUCCUGCUGGCUGGAAAAUAUGGUCGACGAGUGCUCCUCAGACUGACUAUGUAACUUUUGGAGAGUUUAACAACACCGGACCUAGCAGCUGGUCUAGCAGUCGGGUUUCUUUUGCCACAAAUCUUACCGAAUGUGAGGCUGAGGCAUACAGUUUGUCUAACUGGAUUGGAGAUACCUCUUGGCUCAACAUGACUGCAUAUAGUCUCACUCCAUCCUACGAUCUGACUGGAGGGGCUAGUGCUGUGUCAACAAACACCAGCACUACUACAUCUGCGACAUGGGCUCACCCAACAAGCGGUACCACUCCUCCUUCGGGCGCCGUCCUUGUUAGCGUAUCUGGAUCUGUCGAAGGUUCCUAUAGCAACAUCACCGAUGCUCUAGCUUCUCUUCCUGACGAUACUUCGACUCAAAUUGUUUUCAUAUAUGCUGGUACCUACAAUGAACAAGUUCCUUCAAUUGACAGAGACGGUCCAGUCAUGAUCAUUGGAUAUACUACCGGUAAUCCCGGUGAGAGUUAUGCUGACAACGAGGUGACAAUCACUUUUUCCCGCGGACUCUCUGUGUCUCCUUUGCCGACUGGCCAUUCUGAUGCUGAAACGGCUACUCUUUCGACGGCAUCAACCAAAAUAGCGUUUUACAAUCUCAACAUCCUCAAUACCGACAAUCUUGAUGGAUUGGAGUCCUCUUAUGUGACUUUGGCAGCAUCUAUUUAUGGCGACCAUAUUGCCUUCUAUGGCGUCUAUUUCCAAGGCUGGCAAGAUACACUGCUGACUGGAUCCAAGACCGGAUACCAGUAUUACGAGUCUUCAUACAUUGAGGGUGCCAUUGAUUUUAUCUGGGGAUACUCCAAAGCCUACUUCAAGGGCUGCACUAUCGGAGCCAAGAGAGCAAAAUCCGCAAUUACAGCACAGAGUAGAGGGUCAUCUUCGGCGAUUGGAGGCUACAUCUUUGAUCAAACUCUUUUCACUGCUGCAGCUGAUGCUACAGUUGAUCUUACUGAGACUGUUUAUCUAGGCCGGCCUUAUUCCGAAUAUGCGCUGGUCGUUGUAAAGAACUCUUACAUGACCGACAUUAUCAACCCGGUUGGCUGGAAAAUCUGGUCAACUUCAGAUCCACGCACUGAUUAUAUCACAUUUGCCGAAUUCAAUAACUCUGGACCAGGCAAUUGGGAAAAUAAUGCCGAUGCUCGUGAGACUUUUGGAUAUGCUACACUUCUGACCGAGGACGACUACUCCCUCGCAAGUGUAAUGGAUUCAACUGACUGGAUUGAUAUGACCUACUGGGAUUCAAUUGAUACUCCAACUUCAGUAUCUGGAACCAUAACAACAGCAACCCCGACUGCUACUUCGAUCGCUUCCGCCACUGCGGCAUAUGACGGAACAACUCCACCCACUGGCGCCUAUAUUGUCUCGAAAUCUAGUCUUGAAGCCAACACGACAACCUACGACACUAUCCAGAGUGCUCUUGAUGCUCUUCCAACCUCUUCCAAAGUUACCCCCACCGUGUUUAUUUAUCCAGGGACGUAUGAGGAGCAGCUGAUCAUCAGCAAGUCCGGCUCCGUCAUUUUCAUGGGAUACUCCGAGUCAACCUACGAUUAUUCCAGAAAUGAGGUUACCAUCCAGUACAACCAUGGUAUUGACACAGGCGCUGACGAGUCAAAUUCUGAUGGCGCCACUGUCUAUACCACUGGUAAUUACUUCAAGGCAAUCAACAUCAAUUUUGUGAACAACAAUGGUACAGAACAAGAUAUUGCGACCCUAGGAUUUGCCGUCAAGUCAAGCAAAUAUGCCAGUCUCUAUGGCUGCCAGGUCAAAGGUAACCAGGAUGCCUUGUUGAUUAACGGCUAUCUGUGGAUGAGUAAUGGGUAUGUCGAGGGAAAUAUUGACAUGAUCUGGGGAAGUGGUGCCGGUUAUUUCCUAAACACCACGAUCUCUCCAAAUGAGGAUGGUAUAAAUCUCACAGCUGACAAACGAGCUUCAAGCAAUACUGCUGGUGGCUUCGUCUUCGAUCAGUGCAUCAUUGUUCCUUCGACUGGCACAGGAACCAUGUCUCAGAUCUCUCUGGGCAGACCAUGGAACAGCUAUGCUCGUGUUGCAUAUAUCGACUCAUACCUUGAUUCAUGCGUUGAGGCUACUGGAUGGGAGGAAUGGUCUAGCUCCAACCCGCUAACUUCUGGUGUUACAUUUGCUGAAUAUGGAAAUUAUGGCUCUGGAUCUAGCACUUCGGGCCGGGCUUCCUUUGCCACGCAGUUGAAUGAAACGAGUGUCGCUCAAUUUGAGCUUGCCAAUUUCUUUAAAACCACAUCUUGGAUCGAUUUUACCCACGUGGAUGGAACGCCAUUUGUUCCAGGUACAGCUACUAUCUCGACAACCACCAGCUCGACUCCUACUUCAACAAAUGCCUUUUCAACAGGUAUCUUUUCAUCUUCCACAGCUCUGCCUAUCUUGACUUCAACCGAUGCCGCUUCAACUGAUAUCUCUUCAUUUGCCACAUCUCUCUCUGUCUUGUCGUCAACCACGCUGGCCGAUGUUAUUGUUACCGAAACCAUCUCUGCCAUUGCCACAAUUACUGCUUCUGAUAAGACUUCCACUAUCGAAUCCACCCUGAUUGUGACGCAGACGCCAAAUUUGAUUUCAGAAAGUAUCACUGAGAUCUUGACUACCACAACCACAGAAAUUGUGUCUGCACAGGCAGUGACAUCUACCGAGACGUCAACCUUGACUGUGGAAAUUGACAGCACUAUCACCCCAUCUGCAGAAAUUAAGACUUCAUCUGAUAAGUCUUCUACCACUACAAUUCUAGUGACCAGAACUGGCAAAGGCAAGACCUCUACUGAGAAGAGCACCUUGACCGCAAUUUCCACUAUCACUGCAGCUCCAUCAACUGUGACCAGCACAGAGACUGAGACAAUAACCAGCAUCAAGACAACCAGUAAGAAAGCCCAGAAAAAGGCCACUGUGACCGUGACCGUGACAGUUGAAGAACCGGAAACUAUCACAAAAAAGGCUACUACCGAAGUGACUACAUCUACUUCCACAAAGACAGCCCACAAAACCACCACGACAACUGUUAGCUGUGAGGCAGACUCCAAAAAGAUCAGGCGUGAUCUUCUGCCCCGCGCUAUUGUUACAUACUAUACCACGGAAAUCGAUUACGUGACAGUGACCUCAACAACAACUCUCGCAGCUGCCACUGAUUAUAUUACCGAUAUCAUGACAAAGACAACCUCUCUCCAAGCCUCGACGACCACAGAUACUAUCACUUCCCUGAUUACAAAGAUCUCAAGCACCACAAUCCCAGCUAUUACAACAACUGUGAUCGUCAUAGACACGAAAUCUAUUGGCAAGACUACAACUCUCAAGGCAUCGACUGUGACCACUACAUUGUUAGCUGAGAAAACAAAAACCGUUACUAUCCCAGGUGAAACUACCACAGCUUUGAGCGUCAAAACAAAAACUAUCAAAAGCACACUCAGUGGUGAUGUUUCGACUAUCACCAAAACAAAGACGAAAACUGUCAAGAGCACUGUUACUCUUUCGGCCUCCGCUACCACUGUGACAAAGACUUCGACAGUGACAAAAGUGCCUUCAGUCACUAUCACUGAGCAAAAAACUUCUACCUCCACCAAGGUCGUUAAAACUACUUCUACCAGCACCGCGACUGUGACCAAGACCAAAGGAUGCAAUUAA